AUAUUCACUUUCACAGUUUUGUUUAAAUGCUGUGCUUCUGCUCUGUGGUUUAAACUGCAGCUGUUCUCACUCACUGACAUUGUAGAUGGUCAUUUGCUUAUCACAGCUCCGUUUCAUUAGAAAUGAGUGUUUGGUUUGUAAAUAACCAAACAGUUGCUGGCGCCCGUUCUGCACAUAAUUGAAUCUAUAUCUAAUGCAGUCUUUGUAGGAAAUUGGGAGAGAUUUUGUGUUGCGAAAUCUCCUCCAUGGUGCAGGAAAGCACAAAGUUAGAGCUUAGAUGUCAACUCUGUACAUACUUUUAAUAUGAUCUAGCUCUAAAUUGAUGCCACAUGAGCUGGCUGGCUGAAUUGAUUUCAGAUAACGUUAAAGUGAAAUGCCUCUAACACAAGUGAUGGGUGUCUAUAUGUGAGGACUAAUGAUUAAAGUGUGCAAGGGAUCUACAUGCUGGCUUGCAUAUCUUACGCACAAACCACAUAGCACCUAAAAGGCUACACUGAGCAGCUAAUGUAUGUGGAUUGUAUUUCAGUCAUUUUCAUGGGUUGGCUUGAGCAGGACAGAUAAUCGUAACUGAGAUGAUGAGAAUAGUACAACACCCAUCCCCCGCUUACAUUCAGAUUUGUUUGUUUGGUUAUGGGUUGUGCUGUAGUAUGCUUGUGCAACUGUAGACCAAUAAUAAUCUGGUCACACCGUAAGCCUGUAGCUAAAGUGUAAAGAGAGAGUGUUUUAAUGAGGAUGUUGCAGGUUCAGUCCUUGCUGAAGCUUAUCACCUCCACAGAACCGAAAUUUCCAUCUCGCACGUCUCUCAAGAAAUCAACUUGGAGGUGUAAAACAGAACUGUGAAAAUAUGAAGAUAUGCUUGCAUGCGAGUAAGAAUCCGAACCCCAGCUGCUGUGUAACACCUACCUAACCAAUAAUCAUCCAGUGCAAACUGUGAUUGACAGCUUCAGUUGCUAAUCAUAGGUGCAGAGAGAGUUUUCUUCCUGCAGAGGGCGGAUACACCAGUAGCUGAUUGGUUUUCAGAGAAAAACUGCCCGAUUCGAACUCCAGUGGCUGUACAGUCAUGGCUAAAUGAACUAUGUUUGCAGUAUUUUGAGGUGAAAAAAACAUGUGAAAAGAAUGCAAUAUGGGACCUUUAAUUUCAUAUUGUUUUUUCUGGAUAAUCACUUUAGUGAUAAAUUUGACUAUUGCUCAUCUCAAACCUCUUUUACUGUAUGUGUUAUGGACAUUAGGAACAGUAAUGUAACUACUAAUAAUUAAAUUCUUCAAUUAAGUAAAUGAUUAUUAUUGUAUUUCCGUAUGUGAAUUGGGAAGUAAUAUAGUUUGCAUUGUUUCAGUAUUGAUCUGAUCUUGAUUCCUCAGUCAGCCACACCUGGUUGUAGUGUUGAGUUCUAUUCAGCUGAGGUGGUCUUGAAUAUCAAUGUACGGUAGGCUUGAAUAUCAACGGCUUCUUGAAUGUAAAUUAUUCAGUAUCUGGGACAAAGCUUUCAAGCCCACUCCCGCUGGUUGUGCUCUGCUAAAAAGUGUUACCACAGAAUGUAUAUUUAUACAAACAUGUAUUACAUGCCGUGACACAGCGACCAAUCUGUUGGCCUGUUUCAAUCAUGAGUGAGUGUUGGCCUGCUGGGAGAACAUGGCUUUGUUCCCAGUUCUCUGUCCAGGCCCCCCUUCCGUCUUCUCAGGUACAGAAUAUGUCCUGAUCAUCUCAGGGGAAGCAAUUACAUUUAGCAUUGCUGUCUUUCCUUUAUCAUAGCCAUCUAUCAUGGUGCAGUAAUUAAUCCUAUGUGCAUUUAAAUGUAAACUUAAGCCCAUUUGGCCAUUGACCAGGUGCAAAAUCUUUGCAUAGGAUGUGCAGAAAUUUAUGACAGUUACUGUAUGUUGUAACAUAAAAGGAUGGCAGUGAGUGCUGAGAAAAUUCUACAGCCAACAUUUUCUGGAGAACAUUAACACUGUGGUCAUAAAUUCAAGGUAGUAAAGUCUUUGCAGUACUGCUUGUGCAGCGGUAUACAUCAUCUUUAAGCAAAGACCUAAGAACAAAGUUUUUAAAUAAGUACCAAAUUUACCUACAUCCGCCUUUCGCUUUAAAAGAGCAGCCAGAUCAUUCAAACUGUAAUGACACUGUAAGUGUCACACAUUAGUAGCUUAUUAAUUGAAACAAAAACUAUUUAGUGCAGAUAUCAAAGUGUAGGAUCAGAUCCAAGACAAUAUCCAUGGAUGAUAGACUCCUUAAACAGCUGCAGAAAUGUAGGAAAUAUUUGUUCUAAAAAUGAUUGAAAGACGUUGUUCCUCGUUUUUACUGCGGGCUGGAUAUCAUCUCAGGUCUUUAAGUAUAUGAGCCAGUUUACAUUUUGAUCUAAACUGAAAUGUUGCAUUGCAAAAACUACUAGACUAUGAGAUGGAUUUCCUUUGACCUUUCAUCAAGCAUGACAAUGAAGUCACAUUUUUCAGUUAUCCAGUUAAAUUUCUUAACAGGUGCAGUGUUUUUGUAAUAUUUGUACAGAGGUUUUCUUUCAGCCAAUCAGUAGGUUAACAUCGGUGGUCCUGGGUGAUGUUUCUCAGGACUAGCUGGUUGUAUUGUGAUGUGAUUUUAGUGCAGCCGUGCAGAAAUAAUUGGUGAGUCUGUAGAUUUUCCUUCUUUGCCAACUUUAAGUCAAAUUAUUAAUCUGCUAAAAUGCUAGGUAAAACUAAUGAGUUUUCAAUGAGCCUCAGUUUCAGUUGGUGUUAAUUAGCAAAUGUUAACAUAAAUUAAUACAGUGAACAUUAGGAAACAUUUGCAUGUCCGCAUUUGUAGAAAUGUCAGAAGAACUGAUCCUUUGAUACUAAGUUGAUACCAAAAUUGUGUUUGUUUUCCUUUUGUACAGUAGGUGCUGUAGAUGCCACAUGUACUGGAGAUACUGGACACUGACAAAAAAAUGUGGAAGGCAGCAAGUGCAGGUGCAGUUACAGAUGUGUGGGAAAAAAAACUCACCAAGAGUCAGGUAUGAAGCCAUUUUACCUUUGAAAUCAAUGAUUGAGGACAACUUAUAGACCACCUGCAUCUAAAAAUCUGGUACACAUGACAGAAUCUCUGGUAUUGUGACAUCCUGGGUUUGAUUCAUCAUUGACCCCAAAGAAAUUAAAAUCGAUUAGCAUGAUGAUGUGAUCAUUUAGCUCAAAGGUCUGUUGUGCCUAAGCACAGUCUUAUACAUGCUAUCAUGACUGAUGCAAAUAUUUGAGGAAUUAAACAUGCCAGCAUAGAUAUGUUGCCCAAAAGUUUUCAUAUAUAUGCUAGCUAUAUUGAACAAUGAGUGGGACAUUAUUUUUUUCACUGUGGAGCAAUAUGUUUCACAAGCUAAUUAGCAGCUGACAGUAAAGUCACCGCUUGACUCCGCACCAUACUCUGCUACAUGUGCUGUAGACAGUGGGGGGGAUAUUUUAAACAAUGGAGUCAGAGCUCUGCUGAACAAAACUCUUCGAAAUGACUCUAAAUGUAUUUUUCUGCAUGAUGCUCUUGAAAAACUAAAAGUUUUCACAAUAGCACAUGUGACACUGAUGUACUUGUGAUAGAUGGGUAUUGACUGAUAUUUACCAGUUUCUUGUCACAACAAAGCUUGCAGAAGUUUAAUACAUCCUUUUGAUGAUCCUAAAGAAAUAUGAGUGUGUAUUUUCCUAAUUGUGCCAGCGUUCUGUUCGAGUGGACAUGCAAAGUAUGUGCUUUUGUGUGUUGAGGGUUUUCAUGUGUUUUAAGAGGCUCAAGGAGGAUGAUCAAAGGUCUCCAUUGUGAAUGCAGCCACCAGCACCUCUGACUAUCUCCUCUUCCUCUGAAUAUGAAUAAAACACACAUAGACUUUAAACUUGAAGCCAAAGCCACAGUGUCUCCUACCAGUGCUCUCGCUCUCUCUCUCCCCCAUUCUUUCACUCGCUCUGCUUCACGGAGCGCUCCUCGCUCUCCUCCUCUUCUUUCUCCUCCUCCUUCCACCCCUUUAACACUCUGUUGAUCAGCUCAGGAAAGGGAAAGUGCUUGUGUGAAACCUGAGGAUCACUAGCAGACUGAGGAAGCAGAGAGAGAGUGCGCACAUCGUGUUUUAACCUGCAAGACUGUAUUUUACAGUCGUGAGGUUCCAGCCAUGUGUACACCAACCAAGAGAGCCCAGUGGAGGGAGGACCUGCAGCAUUUCCGUAAAGACCACGGCAUAUCCAAGAAAGUCCUCCUCAACUGCUGCUUGGUGCGGCGCAUCAUCACCUGGGCCUCCCCAAGUCCCAAAGACAGCGUUGAAGAUGAGCUUGAACUAUCUGCAGUCCGCCAUCGCCCCGAGGGCCUGGAGCAGCUCGAAGCCCAGACACGUUUCUCCCGCAAGGAGCUCCAGAUCCUGUACCGUGGCUUCAAGAAUGAAUGCCCCAGUGGAGUCGUCAACGAGGAAACUUUUAAAGACAUCUACUCACAGUUCUUUCCUCAAGGAGAUGCUUCAACAUAUGCACACUUCCUGUUCAAUGCAUUUGAUACAGAUCACAAUGGCUCUGUGAGUUUUGAGGAUUUUGUUAUGGGCCUCUCAAUCCUGCUGCGAGGCACAGUCCAGGAAAAACUCAACUGGGCUUUCAACCUUUACGACAUCAAUAAAGAUGGAUAUAUCACUAAAGAGGAAAUGCUGGACAUAAUGAAGGCCAUCUACGACAUGAUGGGAAAAUGCACGUACCCCGUCCUCAAAGAGGAGACGCCUCGCCAGCAUGUAGAAGUUUUCUUUCAGAAGAUGGAUAAGAAUAAAGACGGCGUGGUAACCAUAGAUGAGUUCAUCGAUUGUUGCCAAAAUGAUGAAAACAUCAUGAGAUCAAUGCACCUCUUUGAAAAUGUUCUUUAACUUUUGGCUGGCUGUGGAGGCUUUGGAAGUGAGCAUCAUCUUUAGCUUGGCCCAAUUACUGACUUGGACUCAUACUGUGUACAGUGUGCUAUGCAGACUCUUGACCGUAGAUAAAAUAUUGUUCAUUACUGUGGGCCACAAUUAGGAGUAGGCGAUACGGUGCGAACACUCUGGAAUUAUCUGCCUUUUAAACAGUUUAUUCAAUAUAGUUAGUUGGAUGAAUUUAUGACACAGUGGAGAGAAAAAUGAAUUGAAAGGAAAACAUUCACUUCAAGGUUGAUUUUCACCAUCUGUCUCUGGAGUGUCUUUCUGUUUGUUGAGCUACGAGUUCUCUAAACUGCCUCAACUUUGUCCACGCUGAUGGAAAAAUAGACUUCUAAUGAAAGGGUUUGGAGAGGUUUCUUGUAUCUCUUGUUUUAUUCACUGCCAAGUGAAAUCACUGUGACUUUUUAAAGCAUCAAAAAGGAAAAAAAGAUCCGAACAAAAUGCCCGAGAUUACUUCUGUUUUUUUACAUUCCAAACUGGCUCUAAAUUCCAGAGUGUUCAGACCUGACGCAGUUUCACCAUUGUGGUCUGUCUUUUUGCUCUUUGAAGGAAGCAUUUAGAGGAAGAAAAAAAAACACAUGAAAACAUUUGAAAUUGUAAAUACUAUAGAUAAAGCAUUAGAUAAGAAACUCUGAGAACCUUUUCAACUUUGUUCAUGUUUACUUGCCAACUAGAACGAGACAACACAAGGAUUGUAUUGAUGUCAAAACCGGACCAUAAUAUCAAUGGUUUGUCUACAGAAGCACACAGGUAGCUAUAUUUACCAUGAGUAUAAUGUUAGAUAUCUUUGUCAUAAGAUAAAUGCUGCUUUCAGUGUAUUUCAUUCAACCUUCUGUAUGUAUAUUUCCUGUAAAGUAAAACCAUCCAUCGGUUUUGUUUUUUUUUUUCUUUUAGAGCACUGUUUAGGAGUGUUUGAGGUUAUUUAUAUGGUAUUAUGGUCAUUGUACAAAAGAUUGUCAGUUGUACAGUAUUAAAUGAAAAAAAAUUCCCUCUCGGGGGAAUUUCAGGUCUUUAGAUUUGUUCAUAUAAUUCACUGUUUUUAUUAAGAAAAGGCAGUGGGGUAACUUUUUAUUAGGCUCAUUAUUUUUGGGUUGCCAGCUUCCCGCUCCCUCCUGCUCGUCCCAUAGCCCAGCUGUCUACAGCUAUUCGGCGUGAUUUGUUCCUGCUGCCUCCGAUUAAAGCAUUGAUUGGCCCCAAUUGUUUGCAAACACAAGGCAUGCUGGGUAGAAGUCUCACUUACCGGCUUCCUCUUGCUCGCUGGAAGCUGCUAAGUUACUGAGAGAAGUGUCUGGACAUUAUGUAUGUAAGUUACUGAGUGUUUUCUUCUUUUUCACAGUGGCUUGGGUAUUAGAUGGAGGGAUUAUCCAUCAAAGUGGCCAGAAAUAUGACUUGAGAAAUUGGUUAUUGGUGAAGAAUCUGCAGCAUUUAUCAUUCAAAGCAGUAUGUCUCUGCACUGUAUCGCUUUGAGCUGCAGUCACAAACGUCCAGAUCUCCUUCAGUGAGGCAUGUUGAUCCUUUAAUUCAGUAAAGAAAAUGACACAUUU